AUGGCAAACUUGAGUUUAAGUGUCAUCAAUAAUGACUCCAAGAAAACUUUUGAUAUAACAGACGAACCCUGCUUCACUUUUACGAACAAUCGCGUUUUGAAGGUGUUCAUGGUCCUUGCCUACGUUCUCGUGAUAGGCACUUCCAUCGUAGGUAACACUUUACUGGCGUUCAUCUACUUCAAAAGCAAAACAAUGAAGACCGCGAUCAACUGCUGCAUCAUGAACAUGGUGCUCGCAGAUCUUCUUAUCACUUUAGUCUACAUGCCAAGAAUGAUCGCUCGUAUUCUCGUCAGCCUUCAAUGGCUGGUCGAGGGAACGCUAGGACUUGUUCUUUGUAUAUUUGUAUCAAUGUCGCAAGAAAUCUCAAUAUGCGUAUCAAUCCUGACAGUUGUUCUUAUCGCCUUUGAGAGGUUCUUUGCGGUGACGGUUCCCUUACGAGUUGUUAUCUCGAAGAAGCUCUCCACCCUCUUACUGUGCGGCACUUGGCUGGUGUCGCUAGCGGCGCGAUCCCCGAUGUUCUACGGCGUCAAAACGAUUCGGUUUCAGUCUGGCGAGCUGGGCUGUUUUUGGAUUAGCUCUCUCAGCUUCCAAACGGAGCGAUCAAGAAAGUCGUAUCACAAGUCUAUGCUAGUUGCAUUCUAUGGUCUGCCUCUACUCAUCAUAAUGACAUUAUACACUGUGAUUGUGGUCUCCUUAAGGCGUCGCCAUGGCCUGAUUGACAAUGUCACAAGGGAUUGCGUAUCAGCCUCGACCAGAAAAGUGAAUAAUAUGAUCCUGGCCGUGAUAACAGCUUUCCUUCUAUGCUGGAUGCUGUAUUUCCUCGUUAUACCAUUACAGGAGUUUUGGGAUGUGGUUAUUCCAUGUGAGGUUCUCUUCUUGCGGUUUUUUCUUGGUCACUUGAACAGUGCAUGCAACCCAAUUAUCUGUCUUACGUUGAGUGAGAAUUAUCGAAAAGCUUUUCAAAUGAUACGCCAAAAACUGAAACUUGAAAAGCCAUGGAUUAUCAUGCUUGCAAGUGCAUCGUCAAAAAGAGAUCGCUCAAGAUCUAACAUCGAGUUAAACAGUGUGAGAGCCUUGGAAAGUUAG